AAACUUCCAAGCUUUCCUCUUGUCUUUUUUUUUUGUCCUAAAAUCUUAUCUCAAUCUAUUUUUUUUUUUAUUAUCUUUAAUUAAUUGACCAAAUCCUAUCAGUAUUUGGUAUUAAUCCUCAUUCCACGACUUCCCAGAACUCGUAACAAGAGCUAAAAGUUCAUCUGGUAGCAAAAAUGGAGGAACUGAAGCCAACACCAGCAAGCUUAUCUCCUCUCACACCAUUAGCUUUCUUGGAAAGAACUGCUACUGUAUAUGGUGAUUGCCCAUCUGUCAUCUACAACAACAUAACUUAUACGUGGUCUCAAACCCACCGUCGAUGUCUCCAAGUGGCAUCAUCUCUGUCAUCGGACGGCAUCAAGCCUGGCCACGUGGUCUCCGUUGUCGCCCCCAACAUCCCUGCUAUGUACGAGCUUCAGUUUGCCGUGCCCAUGUCUGGUGCCAUCCUCAACAACAUCAACACACGCCUAGAUGCACGUACUAUGUCCAUACUCCUGCGUCACAGCGAAUCAAAGCUCGUUUUCGUUGAUUGCCUCUCACGUGACGUCAUCCUGGACGCCAUGUCUUUGCUACCUCCGAAUACCAAGCGCCCUACUCUCGUCCUCAUCGCGGAUGAUGCUGAGGCAGCAGAAUCAUCUGUAACCGAUGAUUUUUGCUGCGCUUAUGAAAACAUGGUGGAGAAAGGUGAUCCUGGGUUCAAGUGGGUCCAGCCUCAUAGUGAGUGGGACCCGAUGGUGCUCAACUACACGUCAGGUACAACAUCAUCUCCUAAAGGAGUGGUCCAUUGCCAUAGAAGUGUUUUCACCAUCACCGUUGGAUCCUUGAUUGAUUGGGGAGUUCCAAAACAACCCGUAUAUUUGUGGACCCUACCGAUAUUCCACGCCAACGGAUGGAGCUAUCCUUGGGGCAUAGCAGCCGUUGGUGGGACCAACAUCUGUCUCCGUAAAUUUGAUGGUCCGACGAUCUACAGCUUGAUCAAACGACACGGUGUCACUCACAUGUGUGGUGCUCCUGUGGUGCUGACCAUGCUAACAAACUCUACAAAUAAAGAACCACUUAGAAACCCAAUUCAGAUUUUAACCGCUGGAGCCCCACCACCAUCCGCCGUGCUAUUCAGGACAGAGUCAUUGGGUUUUGUAGUGAGUCAUGGAUACGGGUUAACUGAAACAGCAGGGCUCGUGGUGUCUUGUGCAUGGAAACCAAAGUGGAAUACAUUUCCAGCAAGCGAAAGAGCUAGACUCAAGGCAAGACAAGGAGUUAAGAUUGUUGGGUUCACUGAGAUCGAUGUUGUGGAACCCGAAUCAGGAAAGAGUGUGAAACGAGACGGGGUAGCACUCGGUGAAGUUGUUUUAAAAGGUGGGUGUAUUAUGCUGGGUUAUUUAAAAGACCCAGCCGGCACAUCAAAGUGCAUGAAAGAUGGCUGGUUUUACACCGGAGAUGUGGGUGUUAUGCACCAAGAUGGUUAUUUAGAAAUCAAAGAUAGGUCCAAAGAUGUGAUAAUCAGCGGUGGAGAGAAUAUGAGCAGUGUAGAGAUUGAGUCUGUGCUGUAUACACAUCCUGCUGUUAACGAGGCGGCUGUGGUGGCUCGACCUGAUGAGUUCUGGGGUGAGACACCAUGCGCAUUCGUGGGUUUGAAGGAUGGGUUGACUCAAAAGCCUGGUGAGAAGGAUAUAAUUGAUUUUUGCAGGGAAAAAAUGCCACACUAUAUGGUGCCUAAAACUGUGGUCUUUAAAGAUGAGCUUCCCAAGACAUCAACUGGGAAGAUUCAAAAGUUUGUGCUAAGAGGGAUUGCUAAGGGCAUGGGGUCCUCAAAAGGGAGUCGAAUGUAGUGUUGAAUCGAAAGAGUUUAUGGUGGGAAUUCUGAUGAUUACUGUUCCUCUUGAAUUGUCCCAAUUGGAUUAGUAAGGAUAUAGCAUAUUGAAGGAUUGUAUGAAUGUUUCUUAUCAAUUCAUUUCAUGCGAAGUUAUGGCAUAA